AUGGAUCUUACACCCAUCAUCGUACGCGGCAAGAAACGAAAGCAUUUACCCGCAGCACUUAUACAGGCAUCCUCCGCACCUACUUCUACAACUACUUCUCAACCAAAACGGCCAAAGAAACCAAAAACCAAAAGCAAAGUUAAAGUUGCAACGCCCGCCAUGCCAACACUCGAAGGCCUUCCCGUCGAAUUGCUGGAAAUGAUAUUCCUACACAGCAUGAACAUUGCCCUCCCGCAAUGCUCUCCUUCUCUAGGCAAAAAACUAUCCUCACGCGCAAUCACCAUGGAGUUUACAAUGCGCUCUUUUUACCACACAGUCGAUCACCGCACGAACUAUCGGGACCGGAAAGUGACCAGCGACCCAGCACUGCAAUCGGAUAUUCUAUCCUGCCGCUUCUUCACCUAUGAGUUCUUCCUAGCCUACGUGCAGCGCGCGCACGAGGCCAUGGUCAAAUUGCGCGGGAAAGCGUGGGCAGCCACUGGCGUUACUAUACCUGAUGUAUCAUACUUUGACGGACUGUUGCCGUACAUGUUUACCAAGAUCCCGUAUUUGGGGUUUGCACGUGGUUUCAGUAUUCCUGAGAAAUUGCUGCAUGGGCCGUGGACAGAGGACAAGGCGUCGUUGCUGUAUGUCCUAGUGAGUUUGAACGGUGAGAUUGAUUGGGAGGGUAGUAUGGCCGGUGAGGUGGCAAAAGCGGGUAUUCGAGAAGCUAUUAGAGAGGGCAAUGAGCAUGCAGUUGCGGCUCUGGCGGUGCUUUUGGGCGUGCCAAAGGGUAUUACAACGGAGAUGUUGCAGUAUGCGGUUAUAGACUGCGACUGUGACUUGAAUACUCUUCGACAUCUGUUGUUCAAUGCGCAGAUCCUUGCAACAGAGGCAUCAGGUACCCUCGACUUCUACAAUCCCGCUCUUUGGGCAUGGGCAGACAUCAACGGUCACAAAGGGGAAGUGCUCAAAGACAUGCUCAAGAAAGCAGACGCGUUCGAUUUGGAAUUCUACUUCGAGGACAAUGCCGACUGGAGGAAAAUCGUAGCGUUUCCAUAUAGUGGAAGCAAGUUUGACGCAAGAACAGUAUUCCAUCCUGUAGUGAGAGAGCUGUUGAUGAAUCUCUACCGCAACUAUGGGAGAAAGAUCACACGGAGGAGAGGAGGAACACCUGAGCAGAGGAUGGUUGAGGGAAACAGUAACACAACCGACGAAAUGGGUGACGCCGAAAUCACAACGAGUGCCUGGAGGCUGGUCGAGGUCGGCCGUGUGGUCCUCUUCAACGAGGGCCAGUACGAGGGUCGCCUGGCUGCCAUUGUCGAGAUCAUUGACCACAAGCGUGUUCUCGUCGAUGGUCCUUCCGAGAAGGCCCCCGUUCCCCGCCAGGAGAUCGCCCUUGCCAAACUCUCCCUCACACCCAUCGUCAUCCCCAAGCUUCCCCGCGCCAGCGGUGUUGGUCACGUUGCAAAGAAGUGGGAAGAGCACAAGGUCCAGCAAAAGUUCGACGAGAGCGCAUGGGCAAAGAAGCGUGCGGCCAUGCAGAAGAGGCGGGGACUGAACGACUUUGAGCGCUUCAAGGUCAUGAAGAUGAGGAAGCAGGCCCGCUUCGAGGUCCAGAAGACCUUUGCCAAGAUCCGCGCCAGCGCAAAGGCAUAG